AUGCAGAUCUUCGUUAAGACCCUCACCGGAAAGACAAUCACCCUCGAGGUGGAAAGCUCUGACACCAUCGACAACGUUAAAGCCAAGAUCCAGGAUAAGGAGGGCAUUCCUCCGGAUCAGCAGAGGCUUAUCUUCGCCGGGAAGCAGUUGGAAGACGGCAGAACCUUGGCCGACUACAACAUCCAGAAGGAAUCCACCCUUCACUUGGUCCUGAGGCUCCGUGGAGGUAUGCAGAUCUUCGUCAAAACCCUUACCGGAAAGACGAUCACGCUGGAGGUGGAGAGCUCCGACACCAUCGACAACGUGAAAGCCAAAAUCCAAGACAAGGAGGGAAUCCCACCGGACCAGCAGAGAUUGAUCUUCGCCGGAAAGCAGUUGGAAGAUGGCCGUACCCUAGCCGACUACAACAUUCAGAAGGAGUCAACCCUUCAUCUUGUGCUCAGGCUUCGUGGUGGUAUGCAAAUCUUCGUCAAGACGUUGACGGGAAAGACCAUCACUUUGGAGGUGGAAAGCUCCGAUACCAUUGACAACGUGAAAGCCAAAAUCCAAGACAAAGAAGGUAUCCCUCCGGACCAGCAGAGAUUGAUUUUCGCCGGAAAACAGCUUGAAGACGGCCGUACUUUGGCUGACUACAACAUCCAGAAGGAGUCCACACUUCACUUGGUGUUGCGUCUGCGUGGAGGUAUGCAGAUCUUCGUGAAGACUCUCACCGGCAAGACCAUUACUCUUGAGGUCGAGAGCUCCGACACCAUCGACAACGUCAAGGCCAAGAUCCAGGAUAAGGAGGGAAUCCCACCGGACCAGCAGAGGUUGAUCUUCGCCGGAAAGCAGCUUGAGGAUGGCCGUACUUUGGCCGAUUACAACAUCCAGAAGGAGUCAACCCUUCACUUGGUAUUGCGUCUCCGUGGUGGUAUGCAGAUCUUUGUGAAGACUCUUACCGGAAAGACCAUCACACUUGAGGUGGAGAGCUCCGACACCAUUGACAACGUGAAGGCUAAGAUCCAGGACAAAGAAGGCAUUCCUCCAGACCAGCAGCGUCUCAUCUUCGCUGGAAAGCAGCUCGAGGAUGGUCGCACAUUGGCCGAUUACAACAUUCAGAAGGAGUCUACACUUCACUUGGUCUUGCGUCUCCGUGGUGGUAUGCAGAUCUUUGUGAAGACUCUAACCGGAAAGACCAUCACACUUGAGGUGGAGAGCUCCGACACCAUUGACAACGUGAAGGCCAAGAUCCAGGACAAGGAAGGCAUUCCUCCAGACCAGCAGCGUCUCAUCUUCGCUGGAAAGCAGCUUGAGGAUGGUCGCACACUCGCUGACUACAACAUCCAGAAGGAGUCGACUCUCCACUUGGUCCUCCGUCUUCGUGGUGGUCUCUGA